AUGUUGUCUCGUUUGGCACAUGGAAAUCGAUUCCUUGGAUGCUCAUUGAGGAACCUGAGCAGCAGUCCCAUUUUGAGUCAAGGCACUGUUCGCGUUGAGAAGAAAGGAGAUGUAGCAGUCAUAAAGAUUGACGCUCCAAAUGUGAAAGAAAAUACUUUGAACGAAGCCGUGAGUGCUGAUAUCAAGGGAGCAAUAGAAUCAGUUCAACGAGACGAUGCUGUUAAAUCUAUCGUAUUGAUGUCAGGAAAACCAAAUAGCUUUGUUGCUGGCGCUGACAUAAACAUGUUGAAGAAAGCCAACACCGUUGAAGCAGGAGAAGCCAUUUCCAAAGAAGGUCAAGAACAGUUCUUCAAACUUGAGAAGUCAGAUAAACCUAUUGUUGCUGCCAUCAUGGGAAGCUGUAUGGGAGGAGGUUUAGAGUUAGCUCUGGCUUGUCAUUAUAGAAUAGCUGUUAAUGAUAAAAAAACUCAGCUGGCUUUACCCGAGGUUAUGCUUGGUUUGCUUCCUGGCGCUGGAGGUACUCAACGUUUGCCAAAGCUUGUGUCUCUCCAAAACGCUCUGGAUAUGACUCUUACGGGUAAAAGAGUACGUGCAGACAAGGCUAAGAAGAUGGGACUAGUCGAUCAGAUUGUUCAGCCUCUCGGUGAUGGAGUUGGUCCCGCUGUUCAGAACACUCAUAGAUAUCUUGAGGAAGUUGCGGUCAAUACUGCCAGGCAGCUCUCUUCAGGUUCUCUCAAGAUCAACAGAGAUAAGGGUAAAAUGUACAAUUUAACACAAUCUAUUAUGAAAAGCUCUCUGAUUCUGGACAAUGUGGUUUUGAAAAUGGCUAGAGAUAAGAUUGUGAAAAUGACCGCAGGCAAUUAUCCCGCCCCACUUAAGAUUUUGGAUGUCAUCCGAACUGGUGUUCUGAAAGGAAAUUCUCAAGGCUAUGCUCAUGAAGCUAAGGCGUUCGGAGAGCUAACCCAAAGUUAUCAGUCAGCAGCACUGAUAGGACUGUUCAAUGGAUCAACUGAAGCCAAAAAAAGUAAAUAUGGCGAUGGAUUACCUGUGAAUGAAGUAGCUGUAAUUGGUGCUGGAUUGAUGGGAGCUGGAAUUGCUAACGUAACUAUCGACAAGGGAGUCAAAUCCGUUCUUAUUGAUAUGAAUCAAGCUGGAUUAGAGCGCGGUCAAAAUCAAAUUUUGACUCAGCUUAAUACGCAAGAAAAAAAGAGAAAGAUCAACAAGCUAGAGAAAGAAAGAAUUAUCUCAAAUCUGAAGUGCUCUACUGAUUACAGCGCCAUUAAGAACUCUGACCUGGUUAUUGAAGCUGUUUUUGAAGACAUUAACCUGAAGCAUAAGGUUAUCAAGCAAAUUGAGUCGAUCGUUGGACCAAAUACAGUUAUUGCAUCAAAUACAUCUGCUCUUCCAAUCAAAGAAAUUGCCAAAGCAUCAUCUCGACCGGACAAGGUAAUUGGUAUGCAUUACUUCUCACCCGUAGAUAAAAUGCAACUUCUUGAAAUUAUUGUUCAUGAAGGAACUUCGAAAGAAACGUUGGCCACUGCAGCUCGUGCUGGAUUGAAGCAAGGAAAAUUAGUUGUUGUCGUAAAGGACUGCCCAGGAUUUUUCGUAGUUCGCUGUCUUGGACCAAUGAUGUCGGAAGUCGUUCGUCUUCUUCAGGAAGGUGUUUCUCCGGCUGACUUAGAUAAGCUCACAAAGCAGUUUGGUUUCCCAGUUGGUGCUGCCACCUUAGCCGACGAAGUUGGAUUAGAUGUUGGCGCUCAUGUUGCCGAGUUCCUGGGUAAAGCUCUAGGACCGCGUGUCCAAGGCGGUAAUGCCGAACUCCUAACUUCAAUGGUCAACGCUGGUUUCCUCGGGAAAAAAAAUGGAAAAGGUAUUUACCUUUAUGGUGAAGGGAAGAAGGGAGGAAAGCGCGCUCAUGAAGAAGCCGCCAAGCUCCUUCAAAAGUAUCGUCUCAGCCCUCCAGCUCAAUGCUCUUCAACCGAAGAUCGCCAACUCCGUUUGGUUUCUCGGUUCAUUAAUGAAGCUGUUCUCUGCCUUCAGGAAGAAGUUAUUGCUUCUCCCUCUGACGGCGAUAUUGCAUCUGUCUUCGGAAUCGGUUUCCCACCCUUCUGGGGAGGUCCUUUCCGUUUCCUCGACUUAUAUGGAGCUGACAAGCUUGUUAACUCUAUGGAUAAAUUUGCUUCCUCCUACGCUCGCGAACAAUUCGAGCCUUGUCAACUGCUCAGAGACUACGCCAAAAAUGGAAAGAAGUUUUACAAUUAG